AUUCCUAUCUGGCUCCUGCACAAAUUCCACCCCCCCCAUCCCCGCCCCUCCGACUUGCCCACUUUGAUUGCAGUGAGCUGAUUAGGAUGCAAGUGAGGGCAGCGGCUUCAGCAGACGUGGCUGAGCAUGUUCCGGUCCCUCCAGCCUGCUCAGUAACAGCAAAGUAGCAAAUCGUGAUGGGAAGCGGAUUCUCUGAUCCCACGCGAGGGUAGCGAGCUCAGCACUGUCUCCUCCCUCUUCUCCUCCCUCCUGUGAGUAGUAGCCAGCUCAUCUCCUCUGCUUCUCCCCGCACCACCCGGCCUGGAAGGGGAGAGAGGGGACCCCAUGGCAGCCCCCAGGCCUGGGAGAGGGACAUGAAGAGCCCCAGGAGCUGCCGGAGGAGCAGAGACUAAAAAUAAGUAAUCAGCAAAACACUGGUCAGUCCAGCAGACAUGGCCUCAAAAACUUCAGCAGGGAGGGUGCAAGAUGAAGCCGUAUGUCCUAUCUGCCUGGAGUAUCUGACGGAGCCUGUGACUCUAGACUGUGGGCACAACUUCUGCCUCGCCUGCAUCACUAAGCACAGUGAGACAUGUACAGAGGGGGACUAUGACCCUUUGUGCUGCCCCAGCUGCAGAGCCCAGAUCCGGAGACAGAAUUUCCAGCUGAACUGGCAGCUGGCAAAUAGAGUAGAGCAAGUUAAACACUUACAUGUUGAAGCAGAGAGAGAACAGAAAGUGAAUCUAUGCGCAAUACACAAGGAAGAGCUGAAGUUGUUCUGUGAGGAUGACAGCGAAGCCAUUUGUGUGAUUUGCAGAGAGUCCAAGGAACACAGAGCUCACACUGUGGUUCCCAUAGAGGAUUCUGCCAAGGAGGACAAGGAGGACAGCAGCAUCUUGAGCAGGCGUGUGGAGGUGAAGCUCCAGCACCAAGUGGAGAUUUCUCCUGAACUGUCUGAGAGCCUCAAUACUUAUAACCAAAGUGAUGCUCUAAUGGAGACUCAGAGGAAAUUCAAAGAGAAAAAAAUAUUUCAAUCUAUGGGACCAGAUGAGAAAGUGAAUGUGACUCUGGAUCCAGAUACGGCUCAUCCCCGACUCGUCCUCUCUGAGGAUCAGAAAAGUGUGAGAUGGGGAUUCACACGGCAGAAUCUGCCCAACAAUCUGGAGAGAUUUGACAAUGAUCCCUUUGUGCUAGGUUGUGAGGGAUUCACCUCGGGGAGACAUUGCUGGGAGGUGGAGGUGGGGGAAGCAAGAAGCUGGGUUUUGGGGGUUGCCAGAGAGUCUGUGAGCAGGAAGGGAAGGAUCAGUGUUAGCCCUGAGCAGGGCUUCUGGGCUUUGCGGCGGAGCGGGGCAGGGUGGUUGGUGGCUUACACUUCCCCUGAGGGGACCCACCUCCCUUUUGCUGAUAAACCCAGGAGGAUUCGGGUCUCUCUGGACUACGAACGGGGGCAGGUGACAUUUUUUGAUGUUGAUAAUGAGGCCCUGAUCUUCACUUUCCCACCGGCCUCUUUCUCUGGGGACAAAAUCCGCCCUUUUUUCUCAGUUGGGGAAAGAGGAAUAUACACAUCUUUCUCAUACCUGUGUGGGCCAUCCCAUAUCACAGUGUGUCCCUGAGACAUGGGGGAAAAUAUCCCAAUGACUCUCAAGAACGUCACGAGGGUGGAGGACUCUAGCAGUCUUAAAUGGCAGAAAAUGAGAGAGAGGUGGAGCUCAGGGAGAGAAGGUGCUGUGGGGAGUGUGACGGUGGAGUUUGGAGAGGGGAAAACCUAUAGAGAAGAUGUUUGGGAGUGGAGAGGUGAAGUUGGCUAAGGAGAUAGGAGGGGAGAGUCAGUUACCCAGCAGAACAAAAUACACAAACCUUAACAUGCAUUGUAGAAGGGGAAACCAAUAUGGAAUAAAUGUAAUUCUCUUGCAAAAAGGAAUGGAAAAUGUUUUAAGGGAGAAAUUAGGAAAGAAAAUCCUUCUUUGAGCCAAUUUUAUCUUCACUGUACUUUGCUUUGUCUGUAUCAUUGCAACAGAUCUAAAUGUCAAAAUAAGUUUUGGCAGUUCAGUGAACACACUGCCUUUUAGUAGCUGGCAUGUCUGGCUCUGACUAUCACCCACCCCCAUUCAGCAUGGUGCUCAGUCCACUUCUAGCAGUAGCGGGAGAGAUUGAUGAUCCUGCUACAGCCUUAGCUAACAGAGCUGGGUCUCAUAGCUCAGGCAGUGGUGGGUCAUGCUUUAAGAUCCAGAGAGCACCACUUCACUUCCAGCUGACAAUAACUCCUUCCCCCCACCUCACCGCAAGGCAUGGCAUAAUAUAAACAUAGUGGGCCAAAUUCAGCCAUUGUGAUCAACCUCUUCAGCAUCAUUGCUGCUGGCAAGUGGGGGCACUGAGAGGGGAAUUUGAAUCAAGAUUAAAAAAAAAAAAUUCUGGUUUGUUGCAGAGCGCAUCUUUUGUGACCAGUAUGAGAAACAGGAGCAUGUUCACUUUUUGUCGAAAUGAACUUCAAAUAAAAACAAACAUUUGAAAGUCCUGC